AUGUUGGCGUCUCAGUAUUCAAAGAGGCUGCUGACCAGUAGCGCCACGGUACGGCAACAUUCAUUUCGGGCAGCAGGCCUCACGCGCCGGAUACCUACUCUCCCCUCAGGAGCCCGGUACAUCUCCAAGUCGCGUACUUCGCACGCUGAGAUUCAGGGGUUUCACUCCCAGCUCAAUGAUCCCGCCGUUGCCUCCGUCCUGAGUUCCUUGGGGGCCUCGCCCACAGUCCCCCAGACACUGACGGAGAAGAUUGUACAGCAGCAUAGUGUUGGUCUCGCAGAAGGAAAGUUUGUCAAGUCUGGAGACUAUGUCACCAUACGCACCUGGCCUGUGGCGACCAAAUUCCUCUCCAUCGGUGCCACGCGGAUCAAGGACCCAAGCCAAAUUGUUAUGACCUUGGACCACGACAUCUCUAACAAAUCGGAAACCAACCUCCGAAAGUAUAAAAACAUUGAAGAGUUUGCAAAGAAGCACGGCGUCGAUUUCCACCCUGCAGGCAAGGGUAUUGGGCAUCAGAUCAUGAUCGAGGAAGGCUACGCUUGGCCAGGUACACUUGUCGUCGCCUCCGACUCCCACUCAAAUGUAUAUGGAGCCUUGGGCGUUCUUGGCACGCCUGUCGUGAGAACGGAUGGAGCCAGUUUAUGGACGACGACGCAGACAUGGUGGAACAUUCCGCCAGUGGCCAAAGUCCAUUUUCAAGGUCGCCUCCAACCUGGAGUUCAAGGCAAGGAUGUGAUCGUGGCGCUCUGCGGAUUAUUCAACAAAGACGAAGUCUUGAACCAUGCCAUUGAGUUCACAGGCUCGGAGGAGACGAUGAGGAGCCUUUCCGUCGACGACCGCUUGACAAUCUCCAACAUGACCACGGAAUGGGGUGCGCUUUCAGGGAUAUUCCCGAUAGACGACAUGUUACAGGGUUGGCUCCGUGCCAAGGCGACAGAGUACGCGAUGUACGAGUCCAAUGCAGAUCAACGGGGCUCAGCAUCUCCCCCAGCAUUGAGGAUCAAUCACCAGCGAAUCGACCAACUCUUUGAGAACCCUCUACGCGCUGACAAGGAUGCAAAGUACGCGAAGUACUUGACGCUCAACCUUGACACGGUCCCAAGCUACGUAGCCGGCCCAGAUUCGGUCAAGGUAGCCACGCCAUUGGCCGAGUUGCAGGCACAAGAUAUCGCCAUCCAGCGCGCCUACCUUGUCUCUUGCACCAACUCCCGAAGCUCGGAUCUCCAGGCCGCGGCGAACGUCAUCAGAGAGAAGACUGCGGCCAACGGAGGAGUCGUCCCAAAAGUUCCAGACAGUGUGGAAUUCUACAUGGCAGCAGCGUCGCUCCGAGAGCAGCGGGCGGCUGAGGAGCAAGGAGACUGGCAGCUUCUCCUUGAUGCGGGUGCGCGACCUCUCCCUUCUGGCUGUGGUCCCUGUAUUGGCCUGGGACCUGGAUUGCUCGAGCCUGGGAUGACUGGUAUUUCCGCGUCGAAUCGUAAUUUCAAGGGUCGCAUGGGAUCUCGUGACGCAAAGGCUUAUCUGGCCAGCCCCGCCGUCGUAACCUCCUCGGCUCUCGCUGGCUUCAUCACUGGCCCAGGCGUGGACACACAGCCCGCGGACUGGGCCGGCGUCGAACACUCAGAAGGCGAGCCCUUUGCAGAGAAGAGCGUGGACGAGACGCUCGAGUCGUUGAUCGGCAAGCUAGAUGGUAUCAUUGAGGCUGGGGCUGCCGACCAGGCGGAUGGAGCAGAGUCGAGUAAAAAGGAGCAACUGACGGACAUCCUGCCCGGCUUCCCCGAGAAGAUUUCAGGCCAGAUCACCUUCUGCGGCGCUGACAACAUCUCAACGGAUGGAGUCUAUCCCGGGAAAUACACAUACCGGGACGACGUGUCUCCAGAGGAGAUGGCCGAGGUUUGCAUGAGCAAUUACGACACCGCCUUCAACAACAUCGCAAAGUCCGGAGAUAUUCUCGUCACAGGCUAUAGCUUUGGAUGCGGUAGUUCAAGAGAACAAGCUGCGACGUCGAUCCUGGCGAAGGGGAUCAACCUGGUGGUUGGCGGAUCCUUCAGCGCGACCUACGCGCGGAACAGCAUCAACAACGCCCUCAUGCUUCUCGAAGUACCGAAGCUCGUUAGCCGGCUCCGGGAGGCGUUUGGCGAGUCGGCAGAUGCAAAGGUUCUCACGAGACGGACCGGGUGGACGCUGGAGUGGGAUGUCCGCAGAAGCAAGGUCAACGUCACGGAGGCGGACGGGACGACCUGGAGCGAGCCCGUUGGAGAACUCCCGCCAAACGUGCAGGAGAUCAUUGCUGUCGGCGGGUUGGAGAAGUGGGUGAAGAGCAAAAUUGAGAAUUAG